AUGGCUCAGCCACCGGGGCUCUUGUGCCAGCCCCUGAUUGAUGAGACACGCCGCGCCAUUCAGGAGAAGGGCGUGUCCCUGGUCCGCCAGGCUGGGUUUGUCUACCAAUUUGACCUCCGGGAUGGUGGACCGCAAGGAAGCUUCACUUUGGAUUUGAAGCACGGAGCCGGAGCUCUACGGCAAGGUGUGGAUCCCAAUCCUGACGUCACUUUCAGCAUCCUGGAUGCAGAUCUGGCAUCGCUGGGAAAGGGCACCCUGUCUAUCUCGAACGCCCUCCGGCAUGGGAGGCUCGACAUCAAGGGUGACCAGCUGGCCUCGCAGGUGCUCAGCGAGGUGCUGGAACGGAUCCGUCGGGAGUACGCCCCAGACUACGAGCCGCCGACGGUCAACUCGGACGAAUCCGCGCGACGUUGGCGCAUGGGUGCGAUAUGUUGUUGCCUCCUCUUAGUGCUUCUCUGCAUCAUCAUUGUCAACCCGGCAGAGGUGAGGCGUAGCUCUGGGGGUCCUCGGGAGCUGGAGAUGGUGGCACACAUGGCUGAAGGGAGCUUACAGAAGCUGUCCAACGGCGUUGUGAAGAAGUUUCAGAGGUUCACGUACAAGGCCUUCGGCGAGCUCUUGCCCUUCCAAGAGUCCAUGGGCCUGGAGGCAAGAGCCUCAGACGUCCUCGUAGCUGGGAGCAUGGGAGCUGGAACCACGUGGCUGAGCCACAUCCUGCACGGCCUGCGCACAGACGGUUCCCUGGACUUCGAUGACCUCAACCAGGUCUUCCAGCGGCGAAAAGUCGUGGCAUGGUACGACGCCCUUGGGUCCAAGAGGGGCCCAGAGAUGCUGGCUGGUCAGCAGGAGCUGGAACCUCGCAUCUUCAAGUCACAUCACGUCCACAGCUCUGCCCCUAAACGCAUGCGAUACGUUGUGCUGAUGAGAGACCCAUUUCAAGUCCUCUUGGCUCAGCAUCGCUUGUUCUGCAAUGGCACGUGGGCACGGCUAGCAG